AUGGAGGAAGAGCGACACCGGGAAGGGGUGAAAGCAGUGCUGGAGUUGAAGAAGAAGUUGAAGAAGGAAGCGGCGGUUGAGAAGGGCGGCGUUGGCGCUUCGAAAGGAAAAGAGGACGAGGACGACGCGUUCUUAUCGUUAAAAGGCGACGUCGUGGAAGAAAAAGACGUCUUGAAGGCUGUUUCGAAGAAGAAAGAGAAGAGUUUGGACGAUUUCUUAAACGACGAGGAAGAGGAAGACGAUUCAAAAAGCGCUUCGACUUCGAAAACGAAAACGAAAUACGGCGAGGCGGCUUUGAUGAAAUUCGAAAAGCAGAAGAAAGAGUUGUUGGAAAAGCAAAAAUUGGCGUACGAGAAGGCGUUUAGGAAGAAGUAG